CUUUGUGAGGACCAACUCCAUUGGUCCUGAAGUGAAAACAAGCUACACCAUUGCUGCAAAGCGCUUGACGCACAGUGCUAGAACUUAACUAUAAACAAUGUGAAAAACAAGAGAGAUAAAGAAUUAUUUACAUUCUUCUCCAGCUCUUUCCCAGGCUUCUGCCUGGCUAGAAUCUCUCGUUUCUCUCUUUGACUGAAUCUGAGACCCACAAGGUGCCUCCAUGGCGUUCUGGAACUCCAUGGGUGAGCACAGCAGCCAUCAGUUACCUGGGCAUGGAAUGUUGCCACCGGUUGCCAGGGGCACUCCUGGUUCCAAGGUUCUGUUGGCACGGAGUCUGUUGAGCCAGUUGAGGGAUUCUCUGCUGCGCAGCAGACGCGGAGCAUCCUUCUUCUCCAUCCCGCAAGGGAAUAAAGAGCGAUUUGGUAACUUUUGCAGGCCAAACUCUGGACUGACCGUACAGGUGAGUGCAGACGAUUCUUGGAAAGGCUUCUGAUGCUGAGGGGCUGGGCUGGGCUGCAGGAUGGGCUGCAGGUGGGCUCAAGUACCAGAGUCAUGGACUUUGCCUCUAGCUUUGGACAGGAACUGGAGACUUGGGAAUGGGAGUCUUAGGGCAUGGGAGUGUUCAAGAAAACUGGCAAUCCAAAUGGAUAAUCUCGCCUCUGCUUUUCUAAUAGGUUUGGUGAUCAAUUUUCUGUCACGCUGAAAAAUCUGCAGUGGGCUGCCUAAAGGAUUGAUCACAUCCCUGACAUUCCUUUUUUGGAGUUUGUCCCACUUAUUUGGUGGUUGCUUUUGAUCACAAAACACCAUGAGCUCACGUCAGCGAAAGCGCCCUGGAGGAGCAGUUGAUUCCAGACCAGCUCGGAAACGGAGCCGGCUGCUGCCCUCCAGCGCAGGUGGAACUUCUCAGACAGAGCCAACAGACCUUGAGGAAAGGGGCACACCUGCUUUUGAGCCUGACGUCAUAGAUCUCACAGGUGAAGACACCAUAGAUCUCACAGGUGAAGACGAAAAUGCCAUAGAUGUCGCAGGGGAAGAAGUCAUACAGCUCAGAUAUGAAGGUGUCAUACAUCUCCCAGGUGAAUCUUCAGAGCCUGAAGUCAUCACUAUCAGUGACGAUGAGUCUUCUAUGGACAGGGAGCAGAGCCAGCAGCAGCUGAAUCUUUCCAGAACAUCAGAUGAGCCACUGGCAAGGGGAGAUGAAGAAGAACCAAGAGACAUUGAUGAUCAGUAUGUUACAGAUUAAUUGACUCUCUAAAAUCUAAUUUCUGAUACAUAGCAGGAGAUUUUGCCAAGCUUUUGGGUUCUGCUUGAUUCUGUGCCAAAACUUCAGAAUUGGAAUAGAGCGGCCUGAUGGAAAGAGAAACAAUUUUUAAAAAAACCAAGAAAACAAACCAAAAAAAUCCAGUAGAGACCAUUCUUCUCUGUGCAUGAAGCCAUUACAUAAUGUUUCUUCAGUAUGGCUUGAAAUGCUUGCAAUAUGUAAAAGCUCUGGGAAUGAUUGUAUUGUUGGGCUGAGAUAUUGCUAAAUCAAAAUAGGGGAUGUUUUACGUACCAACAUUUUCUUCAGUGGCAACCCUUGGUGCCCAGGAAAUAAAUGGCUCCAUGUUUAAAUGGCUGCAUGUUCUUCUAGUUCUGCUCUCUCUAGGGAUUGGCUACUAUUUGAUUUCGAUCCUCCAUAUUGGUCAGAUGAGGACUCAGAGGACAGGGAGCAGAACCAGCAGUACCCACAUGUUUCCAGUGCAGCAGGGAAUUCAGCUGAUGUACUGGCAAGCAAUGAUGAAGAGGAACCAAGAGAUGUUGAAGGGUAUGCAUGAGAGAAAGUGUCUCUCUAAACUCUAAUUUCUGAUAUAUGGUAAAACUGAUUUUUUUUACCAAGCCUUUGGGUUCUGCUUGAUUCUGUGCCAAAACUUCAGAAUUGGAAUAGAGUGGCCUGAUGGAAAGAGAAACAAUUUUUAAAAAAACCAAGAAAACAAACCAAAAAAAUCCAGUAGAGACCAUUCUUCUCUGUGCAUGAAGCCAUUACAUAAUGUUUCUUCAGUAUGGCUUGAAAUGCUUGCAAUAUGUAAAAGCUCUGGGAAUGAUUGUAUUGUUGGGCUGAGAUAUUGCUAAAUCAAAAUAGGGGAUGUUUUACGUACCAACAUUUUCUU